UAUUUAUAUUGUUCACAGCUCUUAUUAGUUCACUUGACGUGACUUUUUUUAAGUUGUUGAAGUUGUGUCCCAGUGGCGGUGCAAAAACUGAAAGCGUAGAUUGGGAUGCUUCAAAACAUCCUAAAUUUUUGACAAAAAUGUGUUCCAGUAAGUGUGUAAUGCAACAUUUGCAUAAGGAAAAAGCAAAAGUCUAAGCUCUUGAGUUAUAAGUAAAAAAUUAGUGAAAAUAAAUCAACGCUUUCUCCGCCACUGGCCUUUUCAUAAUAAAACAACGUCAGCGCCCUCUACGUCAUCCAAUAUGGAAUAGUUAAUUCAAAAUAAAAACGUAGCUUCAGAAUAACUCUUCAACGAUAUUCAUUCACCGCAAUUAUCGCUGCUCCAAAACGAACAAAAUUUUUCGUAAAAAGCGCUAAUUGCAAAACGAGGUCGAGGCCGUAACCGUGGCCACUUCGCGCAUGCGCGCAUCUUGACGCGCUGUCGUUCAAAUCGCACUUGUCAAAGUGACGUAACCAAAGUCAGCUGAAAGUUAUUUUUAAUUGUUUGUCCGCGAACUAGCAAAAUUUUAGUUGUCACUCGCAAAACCCGCCAGUUCCACCCUCAAAAUGCCUAACAUCAACUACGAAAUCAAGCUGGACUUCAAGGACGUGAUGCUGCGCCCCAAAAGGUCCACCCUGAAGAGCCGCAGCGACGUGAACUUGUUCCGGGAGAUCACGUUCCGGAACUCCAAGCAGACGUACAAUGGCAUCCCGGUCAUGGCUUCCAACAUGGACACAGUGGGCACUUUUGAAAUGGCACAAGCCCUCUCGAAACACGGGCUGUUUACGUGCAUCCACAAGUACUACAGCGCGGAACAGUGGAAGAAGUUCGCCCAGGAGAACCCCAAGGCUUUGCCUCAUGUUGCCGCCAGCGCUGGAAUGACUGAUUCCGAUUUCGAGAAACUGACUGAAAUUUUGAAAUCCAUCCCAGAAAUUACGUUUAUUUGUCUGGACGUGGCAAACGGGUACUCGCAGCACUUUGUAGAGUACGUGAGGAAAGUGAGGGCCGCGUUCCCCACGCACACGAUCAUCGCCGGCAACGUCGUCACCGGCGAGAUGGUCGAAGAGCUUAUUCUCUCGGGCGCCGACUUGAUCAAGGUGGGCAUCGGCCCGGGCUCCAUCUGCACCACGCGCCUGAAGACCGGCGUCGGCUACCCCCAGCUGUCUGCCGUGCUCGAAUGCGCUGACGCCGCCCACGGCCUCGGCGGCCACAUCAUCUCCGACGGUGGCUGCACGUGCGCCGGGGACGUAGCCAAGGCUUUCGGCGGCGGCGCCGACUUCGUCAUGGCCGGGGCGAUGUUCUCGGGGCACGACCAAUGCGACGGCGAGCUCAUCGAGAAGAAUGGGAAGAAGUUCAAGCUGUUUUACGGGAUGUCGUCGGAGACCGCCAUGCAGAAGCACUCAGGUGGAGUUGCAGAGUACAGGACGUCCGAAGGAAAAACCGUGGAGGUGCCUUACCGCGGCGACGUCGAGCCGACCGUGCUGGAUAUUCUGGGCGGACUGCGGAGUGCCUGCACGUAUACGGGGGCUGCCAAGCUGAAGGAGCUGCCCAAGCGGGCCACGUUUAUUCGGUGCACCCAGCAACUCAACCCCAUUUUUAGUUAAAUUUUUAGUUGAGGUUUUAGUUCGAAUUUUUAUUGGCUGAAAAGUAGUUCCAAGCGACGAAAUGGCGCCUACGGUUCGUCAAUUAUUUUAAGAAUUUUAGCCGUUGUUAAAAGUUAACGACUUGAGUGAGAUAAGCACAAAACUUUUACGUAUUUAGGAUGAAUUUAUUUAUUUAUAUUCGUGAUUUUAGUCUUGCGGAGUGACGGAAUACACCAAUGAAACUCGUCAGCAUUUUAGCCAUAUUGUGAUCUUUACAAUAUUUAUUUCGUGCCUGAGUGUCAUGUUACGUGGAAACUUGUUAAUAAACGUUAUUUUUUGAAUAAAUUAGUGCUUGUA